AUGGAGCCCAUCGACCUCGUACCGAGCGGCUACAGGUUCCUUCCCACGGCGGAGGAACUCUUGGUUGACUACCUCGCCAACUGGGUCGCCGGCGCACCCCUCCCUGGCCGCGCUGUCGCCUUCGCGGACGUCUACGGCACCGAGCCGUGGAAUCUUCUAGGCAGCGAUCGCCAGGAGGGCUAUUUCUUUGCGGAGCGCAAGCCCAAGAACAGCGGCGGCUCGCGCGUCGAUCGAAAGGCCGGCAGCGGUUCUUGGACUCUGUACAAAAAGCAAGAAACCGUUAAGUCCAUGGUCGGCGGGCGCGAGAUGGUGUUCGGGCGAAAGAGCUGCCUUUCUUUCAAUGAUGGCCGGCGGAAGAACUCCGGGUGGACGAUGUACGAGUUCGAGAUGUGUUCGUCCGGCGGCUUCGAGACACGAUCGGACGUCUCACCACAUCCAACCGCGGUGGUGCAAUCCGACGUCUCACCACCUCCAACCGCGGUGGUGCAACAUCCCUCAUUGGCUCCUGCUGUGACACCCCCACCCCCGGAGACUCAUCUUUCCUCGGUCGACUCCGUUGCACCGAACGAUGCCGGAGUCGCAGCCGCCUCUCCAUCAUCAACGGACGUUGGUGGAGGUGAGCUCCCGAUAACUACGGAAGAACUGGAAGCGUUCUUGGCUUCGUCUUCGUCGUCGGUCGAUCUUGGCGGUGAGCAGAACUGCACCGACGAUGCGUUCUUCGCCAGAGGGGUUGAAGCCUUCCUGAUGUCGGAUGAUACCGACACAGCCUUGACUACCAUCCCGAAGGCCUCACCGCCAGGCCUUGUCGAUCUUCUCUCGAUGCCCGAUGACACUCGGAUUGAUUCGACCACGGUCGCAGAUGUUUCCUCCUCAUCGUCGUCGAUAGACUUUGUUGCGUGCGAGCAGAUGCACAGCACCGACGAUGACUUCUUCGUGAGCCGGGAACGGGUCCAUGCCUCCUUGAUGUCCGAUGACACGAUUCCAGCCUCGGUGAUGUAUGGCACCAGCACUGAUUCAACCACGAUCGCAGCGGCUUCGUCGUCAUCAUCGAUCGAGAUUGUUGGGUGUGAGCAGACGGAGAACAUAGAUGAUAAUGACGACUUCAUGCAAUGGAUUGAAGCCCUUGUGAAGUCCGAUGACACCCCUAUUGAUUCGACUAUGACCUCGUGGUUGGAUCUGUAG